CACGCCGCCUCCCAGGGCUUUUAUUCCCACUCCGCGCCGCGAGGACCCAAGGACUGCGGGGCACUGCCCUGGGGGCGGCUUCCCGCGCGGGGCGGGGCGGCCAAGCCCUUGGCUCCGCCUCCACCUCGUCCCCGCACACCUGGCCGGCAGGUAGCCGGCGCCCGGCGCCUCUCUGCGGCUGGAAGGGCCAGUUAGCGGCGCGACAGCCUCCGGCCGGGAGCUCGGGCCGGGAAGCGGCACCGGCAGGGAACUAUGGACCCGGGCCCGGGAGCGGAACAGGCCUGCGCGGGGGAUGCGGCUGGAGAGGGGCCGUCCGCGCCCCGGCCCCGCCGCCGCCGCUCCCUGCGCCGCCUGCUCCGGCGCUUCCUGCUGGCGCUCGGCAGCCGCUCGCGCCCCGGGGACGCGCCGCCCCCGCCCCAGCCGGGACACCGCGAUGGAGACGGCGAUGGGGGCUUUGCUAGCGCCCCGGGGUCGACCCCAGGAGCGCCCGGGAGCCCUGAGGAGGAGCGCCCGCCCAGACCCCAGCCCCAGCUCCCCGGCGGCGACGGGGCGCGGCCCCCGGGCGCGCAGGGCUUGAAGAACCACGGCAACACCUGUUUCAUGAACGCCGUGGUGCAGUGUCUCAGCAACACCGACCUGCUGGCCGAAUUCCUGGCUCUGGGGCGCUACCGGGCGGCGCCGGGCCGCGCCGAGGUCACCGAGCAGCUGGCGGCGCUGGUGCGCGCGCUCUGGACGCGCGAAUACACGCCCCAACUUUCAGCGGAGUUCAAGAAUGCAGUUUCCAAGUACGGCUCUCAGUUCCAAGGCAACGCCCAGCACGACGCCCUGGAGUUCCUGCUCUGGCUGCUGGACCGGGUGCACGAGGACCUGGACGGCUCGGCCCGCGGGCCCGUGGCUGCGAAGCUUCAGCCCGAAGUCAGUAGAAACUCUGAGAACCUCCCAUCACCCUCGCCUCAGCCUUCUCUAGGCCGAAGCUUUGUGCAAAGCCACUUUCAAGCCCAAUAUAGGUCCUCCCUGACCUGUCCGCACUGCCGGAAACAGAGCAACACCUUUGAUCCUUUCUUGUGCGUGUCGCUGCCCAUCCCCUUACGCCAGACCAGAUUCUUGAGCGUCACCUUGGUUUUCCCCUCUAAGACCCAGCAGUUCCUGCGGGUGGGCCUGGCCAUACCCAUCCUCGGCACAGUGGCAGCCCUGAGGAAGAUGGUUGCAGAAGAAGGCGACGUCCCUGUGGAUGAGGUGAUCUUGGUUGAAAUGGAUCCCAGUGGAUUCCAGCGGUCCUUCUUUGAUGAAGAGGACCUGAACACCAUUGCAGAGGGAGAUAACGUGUAUGCCUUCCACGCCCCUCCGUCCCCUGGCCAGGGGACACUCUCAGCUCGUCCGUCGGGUCUGCCCGUCUCCCCACGCUUGGCAGCCCGGGAGGGCCAGUGGUUAUCCCUGCCUCUCCAGAGUGAGAACAAGGUGCUAAUCCUCUUCUGUAACUUGGUGGGGUCAGGGCAGCAGGCUAGCAGAUUUGGGCCACCUUUCCUGAUAAGGGAAGACAGAGGUAUUUCCUGGGCCCAGCUCCAGCAACGUAUUCUCAGUAAGGUCCGCUGUCUCAUGAGGAGUGAACCCCCCGUACAGAACCUGGGAUCACUGUUUUCUAUCCGAGUUGUGGGGCUCUCCCUGAUCUGCAGCUACUUAUCUCCACAGGACAGCCAGCCCCUCUGUCACUGGGCCGUUGACAGGGCUUUGCACCUCAGGAAGCCGGGUGGUCCCCCUCACGUCAAGCUGGCCGUGGAAUGGGAGAACUCUGCCGUGCAGCGCCUGUUUGGGAGCCCCGAGGAGGAGCAGGUGCAGGAGGCAGACAGCGUGUGGCAGCAGCAGCAGGCCCACCAGCAGCCCAGCUGCACCCUGGACGAGUGCUUUCAGUUCUACACCAAGGAGGAGCAGCUGGCUCAGGACGACGCAUGGCGCUGUCCCCACUGCCGCAUCCUCCAGCAAGGGGUGGUGAAGCUGAGCUUGUGGACCCUGCCCAACAUCCUCAUCGUCCACCUCAAGAGGUUCUGUCAGGUCGGGGAGAGGAGAAACAAGCUCUCCACCCUGGUGAAAUUCCCACUCGUCGGCCUCGACAUGGCCCCCCACGUGGCACAGCGAAGCACCGGGCCCCAGCCUGCCCCGGGCCCCUGGCCCUCCUGGAAGCAGCCGGCCUGCCUGCCCCACAGCUGCCCGCUGGACUUCCUGUAUGAUCUGUACGCCGUCUGCAACCACCACGGCAGCCUGCAAGGUGGGCAUUACACAGCCUACUGCCGGAACUCUCUGGAUGGACAGUGGUACAGUUAUGACGACAGCACGGUGGAACCACUUCGAGAAGACGAGGUCAGUACGCGAGGGGCUUACAUCCUGUUUUAUCAGAAACGGAACAGCAUCCCGCCCUGGUCAGCCAGCAGCUCCAUGAGAGGUUCCACAAGCUCCUCCUUGUCUGAUCAUUGGCUCAUGCGACUGGGCAGCUAUAAGGGCAGCACGAGGGAAAGCUUGGUGUCCUGGAGCUCUGCCCCUUGCCCCUCCCUGCCCAAGAUGCCUGACUCUCCCGUCUUCACCAACGGCCUCUUCAAUCAGGAAAAGGGAGGGAUGGGCUCCGGGCCAUUGGCACGGGACGUACGAGGCCGAAGCAUCAGCCUGAAGGCGUCCACCCCUCCCCAUACCAGGCAGGCGGCCUUCAAGACCAUGCCCCUCCGCUGGUCGUUUGGACCCAGAGGGAAGCCACCCGGCGCGUCCGCUGAGCUGGUGGAGUACUUGGAGUCCAGACGCAGGCCCCGGUCCACCAGCCGGUCCGUCAUGCCGCUGCUGACGGGCGCUGCUGGUGGGGAAGAGAAGUCAGCAGCGCCAAGGUCAAACGCCGCCCUCCCUGCCAAAGGUGGAGAGAGCGGGCCAGCCGGCGAGCGAGCCCUGGCCAGGGUGCCGGGCCCCUCGGGUCUUUCCAAACACUGUUCCAGCCCGGGAAGCUUGGACGGUCUAAACACAGCCAGAAAGCUAAAGGAAAAUGCAAGUCAGGAGAUCAGGCUGCCCAAAAAGUUUGACCUGCCUCUGUCUGUGAUGCCCUCGGAGGGGAAUGAGAAGCCAGCCCGGCCGGAGGGCCAGAAGACCACAAACCCCCCGGCCAGUGGCCAUCUGGGAAGCAGUGGCAGUGCAUCCUCCCCUAAGGAGGCUCCAAAAACUGCCGGAUUAUCUAGGAACAGUAAGGACAGUCGCCAGACUACCUCAGCCAAGGGAAGGGCUCGUGCAGACGAAAGGGGCUUUGAGACAGACAGACCCCAUCAUGGGACAUUCACCCUUCUGAGGUCUGUGUUUUGGAAGAAGGAAAACAAGAGGAAGAAUGAUGGGGCAGAGGUUUUCCCCCAGGGGUCUCCGGCCUCCCUGGUGAGCGGCAGGCUGAGCACAACCAGGGAGGAGCAAGCUGGAGGCCCGUCUCCUUCCCUCGGGAUCAGGGAGAACCUGGCCCGGAGCCCGGGCAGCACCUUGGACAGGGGCAGCCGCUCUGCACCCAGCUCUCUCCACCUCCCUCGCAAAGCCGGCAGGCCCACGAGGGGCAGCGCCCUGGGCAUGUCACAGAGGAGUGCUCCGGGCGAGCAGACAUCCUACAGCACCUUGCAAAGGGUGAAAUACCACACUCUUUCCUUAAGGCGGAAGAAAACGUUACCCGAAUCCAGCUUUUGACAGCACAUUCUGGUAUAGCGUGAAACUGGCAUCCUUGCAACUUUGCACUAAAUAGAAAUUGUCUGUGUGCACCUGUAGGCUACCUGUGUUGAGCAUGGGCUUUUGGGAAGCCUAUUGUCUUCUGAAAAUAAUACUUUUUUCUCCCCACAUCUAGACUUCCUACACCCAAGUAUCUACUUGUACUAUUGAGUGCUUUUAUAUGCCAGGCCACUAGAGGGUGCUGUUGGGUCAGCAUUACCAGUUCAGGACAAGACCUGAUAUUUUGUUAAAAGUAAUUCUAAAGAGUGAUUUGGAUGUGGGCAAGCCUUAGAGCAAAACUCUGGUUGAGCCCAGUUUAUAAGACUCUUCUUUAUCGUGUCAGAUAUGGUCAUUGGCUUUUUCUUUUUAAAAUCAUCUUUAAAAAUUUUUUUUUCCCUUUUAAAUCUUGUCUGGGAUAAAGCAUUAAAAAGGCAAGGAAAAAAGUAACAGUAACAGUAAGACAAGAUGCUAGGGGAGAGAGAGAUCAGAGAGAAAUGAAUGAGAUUUUAGGAGAUAUUUAAUAUAUAACAAUAAAAUUAUAUUAAAGUUUUUCAAAGUAUUUUAAAAAGAUAACUAUUUUGGUACUAGGAAAAAAGGAAGUUCAUUUUUUUUUUUAAUUCAAGUUUGAGAUCUAUGUACAAUUUUAAUAAAAGUCUAUCAGUGAA